CCAACAAGCCGCACCAGAGAAAAGAAAGAGAGUGUGACCACGAGCCUCCGGUCGGAGGGUAUCAGCUUGUGUUGAGUCCUCGGAAUACCAAGGAUUGCACUGUGCAUUUCGAGAUGGGCAUCGAGGAUGACCUCGAGGUCCAACUGGAGGAGUUCUCACGGCUGAAGCGAUUGGGUCAUUUCGGCGCCGCUCGAGAGAUGUUUCAACGCGAAUUGGCAGAGCAUACCGCAUAUUCUCUACCUGUUCUCAUUGAGCAUGCAGACAUGCUGUAUGAUCAGGGCCAUUAUCGCGGUUUCUCUGACCUGGUACUCGGGUACCCUCGACGUUUGGCCAAACAUGACUUCAGUGCCAUUGAACAGUUACUUUUUGAACUCAAUGAAGCAUUAGCAGAAACGCUUUUCGGUGAGGAUCCAGAAAUUAGCCACAGAUCUUAUCUUGGCGAAGCCAGUGCACUAUUCAAGGUUAAAAGGGAUAUCAAUUUUAUAUAGGUAUUUG